AAAAAAAAAAAUAAUCACAAUAAUCGUAAUAGCACGUAAUAUAACAAUAUUAUUAUUUCGAGUUAUAACCACGUUAAGUGUUUAUCAUCAGGUUACCGAAACGCUUACAAUUUAACAAGUUACAAACGUAGUAUAUCGUUCGCACCAUACACCGGUACAUCGUGUCCAAUUAUCUACGGACUACGACCAAACGUGAGCGCCAUGAGCGAUUCAUUCUCAAACGGAUGUGAACAGGAAGCUUUGAAGUUUGCCAGUCACCUUUCGCCGACCAAGAUUGGAAUGCUCGCCCCGAGCCCGAUAGUGACUAGACGAACGAGGACCGAUUCAACGUCUGCUCUAGCUCUCAAGAAUCCUCAGAUAUCUGGAAAGGUCAAAUACUUUUGCAAAUCUAAAGGACACGGCUUCAUCACUCCCGACAAUGGUGAUCCAGACGUGUUUGUACAUAUAUCAGAUAUUGAAGGAGAGUUUGUUCCGUUGCCUGGUGAUCAAGUACAUUAUCGCUUAUGCCCUAUUCCUCCAAAACUAGAAAAGUGCCAAGCCGUGCAUGUGGAAAUCGUUAAUUUAACACCUCAAGUACAUUUAAAAUGGGAUUCGCCAGAAAACAAUUAAAUACAUCAUGAUAUUUUAGUGAUAAUAUGUACACUAAUGUCCAUUAAUGUAUGAUAUUUUGCAAAUAUCCAAACCUUUAUCAAAACUGGUACAUUCCAAUUGUCCAUGCUCUAUAAUAUAACCAAGAGACUUUAUCAGUUGUACUGAUAUUUUUUUGUUUUUAGCUAAGUGCCAAAAUAAAAUAAUCCAUCUAAUUAUACAUAAUUUCAUAAAAUAUUUUCGCUUCUACAGUUCGAUGUUAUUAUAUCAAUCUAGAUUAAAUAAUUAUUCGCUAUACAUGUAAUGUCAAAUUUUUAAAUGACAAACGUUUAAUAAAUAUAUUAUUAGAAAACAACUUGCCCACUUUUAUAAUAAUUAUUUUUUAAUUAAAUUAUUUUGUACAACUGUAUUUUGUAUGUAUGUAUUAAAAUCCAUUGGUACUUUACAUCAGAAAUUCAUCAACUUAAUGUUUUUGUGCAAACUUGAUAUAAAACUAUUAGUUUUUUUACAGUAAGUUAUAUCAAUGGUAAAGAUUUAUCUAUAGCAAUGCAGCAAAAUCAAAUUAAUGUCUACUCUGUGGAUUUAAUACUUAUAUCAGUUUCAUAAUAAACAACUUAAUGCUGUGAACUAGAACAUAACUACAUUAAGAGGCAAUGAAAAAUUCCUAAAAUAGUUAUGUAAUACACACAAACAUUUUUUAAUAUAUGUAUGCUCAUAAAAAAAAUAAUAAUAGUAGUUCUCUAUCUUCAUUUAUUGGAGUCCAGAGAUUAGCAUUAUUAAUAACAUAACAUAACAUAACUUUUUUUGGGUUGACCCAUCCAAAAUUAUUCUCGUCCCAGAAUUAUUUAGUGACCCUGUGGUUGAGAACUAUCGGUACGUAUUAUGUUGUCUGUACCUUUAUUUUAUCGUCAAAAUUUUACU